AUGAUGGCAGUUCUGUGGUUGCUGAUUUUGAGCUCAUGGGCAAGGCUUGCUGAUGCAUCCUGUUCCGGAAUGGUGGACGUGCCACAGCGCUACAGCAACCGUGAACUGAUCGAAGAAGGAGAUCGACUUCGUGAUGACGUCGACUUCAUGACUAGGCUCCGUCAAGGCCGUUUGAAGCGCUUGAGGGAAGAACUGCGCCGCCACAAUGUCACGGCGGCAGUGAUUUUUGAUCCAAUCAAUAUAAGGUAUGCUGUAGACUUUCGCAAUUCCGUUCUGUUCUAUGUCCGUAAUCCCUUGCAGUACCUGGUGGUGCCCACCAACGAAAGUGCAAAGUGUCUCCUCUUCGCGGGAUCCUUUGGUUCCGACACCUUGUUGGAAGCCUUCAAUGGAUCGCUGGAGUUUCAUCCAGCCAUAGGCGGGCGGGAAGGAAGG